CAACUUCUAGUUCACUUCUCUACUUCGUAUUUCACAUUGUGCAAUUAUUGCAUGACACAAUAUUGCGAUUUUGAGCAACUUCAAGUUCUUUUCACUGCAGGUUUUGAGGAAAAUUCACAGGAGACAUCAUGGGAAAGAACAAGAAAAAGGGACCUCAACCUUCACACGCAGAGAUGAUGGUGAUGACUGUUUCUGACAUUGUCAACCAACUCAUCGUGGCCCACGAGCAAAGCAAAGAUGUCAAUUUAAACAGGAUGAAGAGUCUGACAUCCCAGAAGUAUGGCCUGUCAUCCCAACCCAGACUUGUGGACAUUAUUGCCGCAGUACCCUCAACACACAAAAAGGUUCUUAUUCCUAAGCUGCGGGCGAAACCAAUCCGUACUGCCAGUGGGAUUGCAGUUGUAGCAGUGAUGUGCAAGCCCCACAGAUGUCCACACAUCAACAUGACGGGCAAUAUUUGUGUCUACUGCCCUGGUGGACCAGACUCUGACUUUGAAUAUUCAACACAGUCAUACACUGGAUAUGAGCCAACAUCCAUGCGUGCUAUCAGAGCAAGAUAUAACCCCUAUCUACAAACAAGGCAUAGGGUUGAUCAGCUGAAGCAGCUUGGUCACAGCGUGGACAAAGUGGAGUUUAUCGUCAUGGGUGGUACAUUUAUGUCACUGUCCGAGGAGUACAGAGAUUACUUCAUACGUAAUCUGCAUGACGCUCUGUCGGGGCACACCAGCGACAGCGUUUCUGAGGCAGUCAAGUACUCGGAGAGAAGCCUGACAAAAUGCAUUGGAAUCACCAUAGAGACGAGACCAGACUACUGUCUCAAAAGACACAUCAGUGACAUGUUGAAUUACGGCUGCACUCGUCUUGAGAUCGGAGUCCAGAGUGUUUAUGAAGAUGUAGCAAGGGAUACCAAUCGCGGACACACAGUUCAGGCCGUCUGUGAAUCCUUCAAUUGGUGUAAAGACGCUGGCUUUAAGGUGGUGACUCACAUGAUGCCGGAUCUUCCCAACGUAGACAUGGAGAGGGACAUCGAGCAGUUCAUCGAAUAUUUUGAAAACCCGGCAUUCAGAUCUGACGGGCUGAAACUCUACCCGACCCUCGUGAUCCGGGGCACAGGGUUGUAUGAGCUGUGGAAGACGGGACGAUACAAGAGCUACCCACCGGGCAUGCUCAUUGACCUUGUUGCUAGGAUACUUGCCUUGGUGCCGCCCUGGACCAGAGUAUACAGAGUGCAAAGAGAUAUCCCGAUGCCCUUAGUCAGUUCGGGUGUGGAGCACGGCAAUCUCCGUGAGCUUGCUCUCGCUCGUAUGAAGGACCUUGGAACACAGUGUCGGGAUGUCAGAACCAGAGAGGUUGGAAUACAAGAGAUUCAUCAUAAAGUCAAACCAUAUGAGGUUGAGCUGAUCCGUCGGGAUUACUAUGCAAACGGAGGUUGGGAGACCUUCCUGUCCUACGAGGACCCAGAACAAGAUAUUCUGAUCGGACUUCUCAGACUCAGGAAAUGCUCUGAUCAGACGUUCAGACCAGAGACUAAAGGAGGUGUCUCCAUCGUGCGAGAGCUACAUGUCUAUGGCAGUGUGGUUCCGGUUAGUUCCAGAGAUCCGAGUAAGUUCCAGCAUCAGGGUUUUGGAACCUUACUGAUGGAUGAGGCAGAGAGGAUUGCCGUGGAGGAGCACGGGGCAUCCAAGAUUGCCGUCAUCUCAGGUGUUGGAACGAGGAACUACUACCGAAAGCUUGGGUAUGAGCUCGAUGGUCCCUACAUGUCCAAGCUGUUAUGACAUCAUCGUUGUUAAUCAUGAAGCAUCGUCACAGGAACAUUUAUGUUGUUAUGGCAACAAAUGAAUACAAGUACAUAGGGAAUGCUACAGCGUGACAAGCGUCUACUCAAAACCAGAUCAUGUGAUCAUACUUCUAAGAGCAAUGGAUUGUUUUAAUAUUCAGUCAUAAAUACCAGACAGUUAACCCAUUCCAAUUGGUCGGGAGCGUGUCACAUGGGUGGUCUUAAACCGCCAUUCAUAAAUACCUAAGAAAGUUUACCCAUUCCUAUUGGUCGAGAGCCCGUCACAUGGCCGGUCUUAAAUGGAUGAUAAAGACAUAGCUAGCUGGUCUUAAACACUUUUCCAGUGUCCCAUGA